AUGCCAGGCGGACACCCGCAACCGGACUCAAAUCAGGUGAGGGAGAUCCUGGGCCACUGUACCUGUCCCUCUCAGUUCCCGAUGGUCAAGGUUUCAGAAGGCAAAUACAAAGUCGGAGACUCCAACGCCCUCAUCUUCGUUCGGGUCCUGAGGAGCCAUGUCAUGGUUCGCGUUGGCGGCGGAUGGGACACGCUGGAGCAUUACCUUGAUAAGCAUGACCCGUGCCGAUGCACCUCCUUAGCGCACCGUCUGACGCAGACACGGGGCUUCGGCUUCUCCCCACAGAAGAUGGCUGCCCCGGGCAGUCAACCGUCCAGUCCUGGCAUCCAGCGUCGGGCCGAAGCCAUGGGUCACCCCCGGUUUGGGGAGAAGCGGCUCCCGGCCGGAGGGGACGCCGGUCACUCCAAGGGGCUCCGUCCUGGAUGUCCGGUCAAGGGACCCAGGGACUCCACGCCUCCCAGACACGUGUCCGGCGCCACGCCAAUCCCAGGUCACGACGGGGGGGACCGCAGGUCCGGAGCUUCUGGACACAGCUCCUCCGCUAGCCCUUCCAGGGGGUCCGGAGCCGCGUGCGAAUCCCGUGUGCCCAACAGCCUCAGCUCCCUGCGACCGCGCCGCCUCUCCGGCGACAGCGACUCCUCAGCAUCCUCCGUCCAGAGCGGGACCUUGGGCCGGCGGCGGAAUGACGACACCAUCUUGCCGCAACAGAAGGACCCUGGAAGACGCGUCUCUGAGGGCUCCAUCUUGCAAUCCCGACCCGGCGCCAAGAAGCAGCUGGAUGUUGGCCGCAGCCAUUCCAGAGAACGGGCGCCGUUGCCCAGGCCGUCGCCAGGGACGCGGAGGCGCGGUAUUGAUGAACGCGGCCGCACCAAGAUGGCGAAUGGGGCCGGAAAGUCGACGGCGGCGGUCCAAAGCCCUCACCCUCGAGCUCGCAGCCAGGAACCGGUGCUGGUUAUCAGUCGUGGGAAAGAUGGUCAACAUUCGUGGGCACGGGCCGAAGAUACGGCUGGAUCCGGACGGUCCACUCGUAGCGGUCACUUGGCUCCGACUGGGUCCAGGAGUCCGUCGCUGACAAACCGGCGAGGGUCUCUCCCUGUGACGAAAAUAGCCAAUGCCUCGCCAAGGGUCCGCGACGUCUCAACCUGCGCACCCAACAUUUUGGCGCAGGAUUUCCGGACGCCGCUCCGUCUGGACCCUUUGCAGGAGCAACAACUUUUCCGCCGCUUGGAAGAGGAGUUCCUGGCCAACUCCCAAAUGAUGGGUUUGGAGGAAGAGGAGGAAGAACCGGCGCAGUCCCUCAGACGCCAUUGCGACGGCCCUCAGGUCGCACAAACCGCACAGGACCUGGGCGCCGCCGAUUCGGCUUACUGUUCCUCCAGUUCAUCGUCUUCCUCCCUCAACUUUUUCACCAAGCAUGGCCUCCAAGAGGAGUCCAAGAGGAAUGCCGCUGCCGCGCAGACAUCCGGCAUUUCAGAAAUUGCGCAACGGGUCGAGUUCGCCAACGGUUUGGCGGAGGCUUCAGAGGACGCUUGGUGGCUGAAGCUGGCUCUGUCCAGCUCCUCCGACGAAAGCAAUGUGGGCCUGAGUGACCGCCACGAACAGUUAGCGACGUCCAAACCCGACCGCGUGCCUUCCGUCGACAAGCCGAAACUGCGCCCUCAGAUCAAACCGCGCACUGAUUUGCAGCCAGACAAGACGCCAUCCAAGAUCCCAACACCGCGCAGCUACAAGGCCGCCAUGGCAGCGGCGGCCGGACGUCCAUGGGCCUCUUUCCAGAGCACCUUCUCGCCUUUUGUCGAUCCGUCAAAAGCGGCGGAGUCUGGCGCAGCGGAGGAAGGUUCCUGGGCGUGAUUGACAGACUAGGCUGGACAGAAGUGACCGCUGACCGUUACCCUGUUUUCCCUGCUUCUGUCCACUUUCCUGCUGCUGCUGCCUUUGGAGACUGGGAUAUUUUUUGCUGCUCCUCCAAAAUGAAGUCCGCGUUUGCGCGUUUCGUACGGCAAAAGAGGGCGCUUCAUUAUUUUUUUCCUUUGUUAACAGGGUGGAGGAUAUAGCAUGGCUUUUGUCGCGGUUCCCGUAUUUGCGACGCGCUUUUUCAGGGGGAAGUCCUCAAGCACUGGAGACGCGGUUGCGCUGGCAGGUCUUUAACUGCUGCGCGCCAUUUGUUUUUUGCCGCCUCGGCUCCGUCCGAAGGAACCUUGGGAUUUGUAGUUUGGGAAGGGACUUUAAUAAAUAAAAAAGGAUAAAUAAAUGGAGAGAAGUUCAAUUUGGUACCAAUUUAUCAUAUAAUAUAAUUAAUUAUAUUACAAUAUUAUUAUUAUUCCAAAUAUAGCA